UACCCGUACGUCAUGCAUGUACUGUACAUGUAGUACGUGCACGUAACACGGAGUACAAUUUAUUAUUUUAUCAAACUGAACCAAACAUUGCUUUGUUUUUUUCGCUAAGUGGGGGUGAUCCCAAACAUACCUUUGUAGCUUGGGAUGGUUGUUAACUCCAGUAGAGUGCCCACGGCCACGACCGCUUGUGUGUUAACUCCUCCAGAUAAUGAGUAUUUCUAGCGACGUUGACAUGUGAUUUCGUCAGUUCGUUGCAAAUUUGAGCACAUAAUAAACGGACCGUGGUCACGGACAUUGAGGGAAGAAAUGUGCAUUGAUUUUUCCAUGGUGGUGGAGAGCUUCUCGUGUUCUUGUGAACAGUUCCUUCGUACAUUGCAUUUAGUGCAGGCAACUUUUGAAGAAAUAGCCAAGGUUUGCCAACUGAGUCGCAGCAGAAGUUUUCAAGAUCCCUCAGCCUCUGUUUUAUGGUGUGGUCAGGAGUAACAGUGAAUCCCAUCAAGAACCUGUACAUACAUGUAACAACAGGAUUUCUGACUGCACUUUGCAUUAAGCCAUACCACAGUCCUUCGGAAGCCAGUUUGGUUGUACUCUGUUGUUGAGCAUAUGCUGUACAUGUACAUGCAUGUUAGGUAUUCAACCGGCUUUUGCUUGUGUUCAGUGUAGUCUCCAGCUACAGGGUACAAUACUGCUUUUGAUUAAAAACUAAGAAGAAAUGUGAUUGUAAGUCAGUAGCACAGUAACAAACUAUGCACCCCAGCAUUAGCUGCAUGUGACCGCUGGGCAUAAUGGUGAAGGACAGUGACUCUUGCCUCGCCAAUCCCAAGUACACGCAGUGGAUCCUGGAAGCCAUCUCCAAAAUCAAGAAGCAAAAGCAGCGCCCUUCGCAGGAUCGCAUCUGCCAUGUUGUUCAUGCCAACAGGGGACUGAGUGAGGAGCUAGUGCUGGAGCAGCUGGAUCUCAGUGUCAAGGAUGGCAACAUUUCCAAGGUGAUCAACAAAGGUAUCGCAUCCUAUCGCGAUGGGGAUGCCAAGAGCAGCAUGAGGAAGCGCGGCCCCUCAGCUGCUGCCUCCGUUGCUGGCAAGAACUCUAACAUGCUGAAGUUGAUGCAUGAUGCCAUUGUGAAUCUCGGUGAUAGUGGCUCAACUCUCAAGAGCAUUGAGCGGUACAUUCGACAAUCACGUGCAGAUAUAAACCAUGGUGAGCUCACGGCACAAAUAAGGCUUGCUGCCAAAAAAGGUGCCACUAAUGGAAAACUUUUGAAAGAUGGGCGCAUUUACAGAGUACCCAAGACAAUUGGAGGAGGCACCCAUUCAAGAGAUGCAGCAAGUAGCAGUGCAUCAGUAAAGUCAAAGGAUGACCGGCCAGUUGCCCCUCCAAUGGCCGUGUGUGGUUGUUGCCAGGCAACAGCGGACUGUAAUCGGGAGGGCAAGCCAGAACAACUGCUGUCAUGUGUUGAUUGUGGAAACAGUGCACACCCAUCCUGUCUGAAGUACUCAGCAGCACUGACUGAGAGAGUUCGUCAGAUCCACUGGCAGUGUGCCUCUUGUAAAACAUGUGCAAUCUGUGGCAAGCGGGGAGAGCAGGAGCUGAUUUCAUGUGCAUGGUGUGGGCGAGGAUACCACAUGAGCUGUUUCAAACCACAACUCAAAAGAGUACCCAAAGGACCCUGGAAGUGCAAGCCAUGCAAAACUGGCAAGUGGUUAUCGUUGCCAUCUUCUUCAUCCGCAGUCAGCUCUGCCUCUGGUCUGAAGAGAAACUACCAGUCCAAACUGGGUAAAUCCAACAAAUUGAAGAUCCAGUCUGUCAAAUCAGCACCCCGCAGAACAGGCUGUCCAUUUCCAGGGUGCAAUGGAACAGGUAACACCAAUGGCAAAUCCAAGCUUCAUAAGUCGCUUUUUGAGUGCCCAAGAUGCCCCCCAGGUAAGCGACCCCCUAAGCCUGGUAACCGUCGGCUUAGUACCCAUUCCUCGUCAACCUCAACAGGGAAAGGCUGUGCCCAUGCCCCCAAAUCCCCCAAUGAAUCCCCCUUUAUCCCCAACUCCCAAGACCAGGGAGGAUCUAAAGUGUCGGAUUUGUCCAGUACACCACUGCUAGAGCCAGCUCAGCCCCCUACCCUGAAUCUGCCAGACUGCUAUGACCCCAAGUACAAGCCCCGAGGUCUGGUGGACGGACUGAGCCGAUUCUUCACACCAACCAAUCGCAGGAAGUCGAGGAGCUCCUCACAGUCCAGUAUGACCUUCUACCCCCACAGUCCCCCGGCCCGGCCGCGACCAGUGCAGAAAUCAAACAGUGAUCCCACCCCUCCGGCAUCUAGACCUAGUGCUGGAGCCAAACCAGCCGAAGCAGAAACCAAAGAGAAAGUCAGCAGUGCCCCUGAUCAGGACACUUCGCGCAGUGUUGGCAAGCAGAGAUCGAGCCUGCCACUUCUGGUGACCGGCAGCCCCGCUCCGCCGCAGCUUCAGUCACAACAGACAACCCAAGCAGCUGAUGACAAGUCACAUUCAAACUCCUCAUCGCCACACUCGCAGAUCAUGCGCACGGGUAGCUCGCAGCUGAAGAGUCUGUUUGACGGCCUGUCCCACCUGUACGCAGCCCCGACAGAACCUAGGAAGCGGGGACUCUAUGGGUUCCCACCCAUUUACAGCCCUCAGAGGAGACCCCGGAAGACUCCCAGUACCGAGAAGGUCUCUCCAAAUGGGAAUAACAAUAAAAAGGGUGGCUCCUUGAAAUCCAGAGGAGGUCUGUCGGCCAGUGCAUCCAAAAUUGUCAAGAAGGCGCGAGCAAUGGGAUCAAAGAAGACAAGACCUGUGGCUGCUAAGACAGCACCCACCCAGAGGCAAGUAGCCGUUAAGAAACGCCCCGCGAAAUCAGGAACGUCUGCCCCGACGGACAGUGCAGCAUUGUCCAAGCAAUCGACCAGCACCAAGAAGUCCAGUAAGCCGCCAUCUGAGUCCAUACCCUCAACCUCCCUGUCCCCUCCUGCCCCUCAGAAGACUGUCCUCCCUCACGGCGUCACAGAGCGAGAUGUUGAGAUGUUCCGGGCAGCACAGGAGAGAGCCAUGAUGGUAAUUAUGUCAGACUACUACAAACAAGCCACACUGGGUCAGACGAGCAGUGCUGAGCCCCAGCAGAUGGACCAUCAGUCGCGGUCCCCCAGCUGCAUUGAGUUUGGCCGCUAUCACAUACAGACAUGGUACUCGUCGCCCUACCCUCAGGAAUAUGCCAGGUUACCAAAGCUUUUCUUGUGCGAGUUUUGCCUGAAGUAUAUGAAAAGCAGAAGUAUCCUCGUCAGACACUUGGCCAAAUGUGGUUGGUACCAUCCCCCCGCCAAUGAGAUCUACCGGCACAAUGACCUGUCUGUCUUUGAGGUGGACGGUAACGUCAGCAAGAUCUACUGUCAGAACCUCUGUCUGCUGGCCAAGUUGUUCCUAGACCACAAGACUCUCUACUACGAUGUGGAACCAUUUCUCUUCUAUGUCCUGACCAAGAAUGAUUCAAAGGGCUGUCAUAUUGUUGGCUACUUUUCAAAAGAAAAGCACUGUCAGCAGCGUUACAACGUAUCCUGCAUCAUGACGUUACCCAUGUACCAGCGGAAAGGAUAUGGCAGAUUCCUGAUAGAUUUCAGCUACCUGCUGUCUAGACAAGAAGGCCAGCCAGGAACCCCCGAGAAACCCCUGUCAGACCUGGGUCGGGUCAGCUACAACUCCUACUGGCGCAGCGUCAUCCUGGAGUUCCUGGACAAGAACGGGGAGAACAGAAAGAUCACCAUUAAAAGUAUCAGCCGAGCGACCGGCAUGUGUCCGCAUGACAUCGCAGCUACACUGCAGUCACUCAGGAUGAUAGGCAAGAAGGAUGACAGAAUCGUGCUGAAGUUACGUCACAAGUUAAUCAAUGACCACAAGGCCAGAGUGGCCAGGAGUUCCCGUAUUGAGCUGGACGAGGACUGCUUGAGGUGGACACCACUAGUGGUCAGUGGUAUGGCCAUCAUGGAAGAGGAGAAGGAGGUCAAGCGUGAGGUUGCAAUGAUGGGAGCCCUUGUCAACGACAUCGAUGAGGAGAGACGGCGCCUUGACUUCUCUCCAAAGUCAUCGCCGCAGAAAAACUUGAUGAGGACUCCACCACCACCCCUCAAGUCACCCCUCAAGGGCAGCCUGAAUGUGGUUGCACUCAAGACAUCCGACCCCUCUCACUUGAAAUCCACCUUGGCCCUGCCGCCGAAGUCUCCACCGCCAAAGACACCACCCUCAACCAAAUCCAAGUAUAAAAAGGCAUCCAAGUUGAAGGAAGUGAAACACAAGAAGUCGUCGUCCGAUAAAUCCUUGAAGCCGCCGGGCAGCAGUAGCUCACCAAAGAAACUGAAGAAAUCUCAUUCAGAGAAGUCAUCGGAAAAGGACUCAGAAACCUCUGGCAAAUCCACAGCCGAGAAGUCGGUGAAGAAAAAGUCUGCAAAGGUUAAGAUCCGCAAAGUCAAAGCGAAAGGAAAGUCCACCAAGUCCAAGUCCAAAAAUGUCCCCGAAAAAUUACUGUCGGGUCCGAAAGAGCCGGCAGUGGACAAGACCAAAUUGAAGGUGUAUCGGAAGUCACGGUCAAAGUCGCUUCUUAAAGCUCACCAUCGGCGAAAGGGCCAAAAGGAUGACGUGCCUUCUGAGAGUGAUGAAAAGAAGGAUGUCAGUGGCACUAAACCCAAGCCUCUAACCAGGGACAGGACUUCCGCCGAAGGCUUAGCCGACAGUUGUGACAUACCACCACCCGAGCUUACGAAGGAAAAGGUGUAUAUGAGGAGGAAAUAUGGAGGCAAGCGUCGUCGGCAGAUACCAGUGUUGGAGUCCAUCAACAGCGAUCCAUUAACAAGAGAACCGGAGGCUAAGAGAGCGAGAAAGCAUGAAGCAGCAACGAGUGAGACGGAGCCAAGCAAGAAAACCAAAGACACAGCAUUGAUUAAGUCAAAAGUUGAUGGGAGAAAAACCUACAAGAAACGCCAAAAGCGGAAGACAGAACCCUUUGGCAGUUUUGAUUCAGAGGAUGACUUUCUCCUGCCAUCAAGCAGAGCAGCAAGUAAACUCAAGAGUAAUAACAACAAUGAAGAUCUAAAACCCGUCACCAGGAAGUACACCAAGCGCAAUAAGGCUGAAUCAGCAAAGACACCAGUCAAAGGGAGUAAAACACAACAGCCGCUGCCAAAAAACGAUGAGCCCGUGACCCCCACCUCUGGAAAACGUGGGUGGCCUAAGGGGGUCAAGAGGGGCACUUCGGACAAGAGUAGGCCACUCCAGCGACGCAAGAAGAAAAAACGGCGUGGCUGGCCCUGGAAGGGCAAAAAGAGGCGAGCUCCAUCAGUGCCGAGACAUCCCGAAUCGGAUGGAAAUGAUGCUGAUGAUUCUAGCCAGUCUGACCAGGACGAUGAUUGCGAUAGUACUGCAGCAUCCUCCAGGAGCUCUGUGUCAACUGGGGAGUCACUGACGUUAUACAGGCUGCCGCAGUCGUCUGAGCACUGCGAAGACGGCAACUGCACCACCGACGAAGAUGACAACAUUGGGGACUGUGACCAAUUGAAUGGCUGCGAGGAGGCGUUAAGUCCAAGUCCCUGUGAAAAACUCAGAGGGAGAGUGGCACCCAAGGAGGAUAGCUUGGUUGUGAAAGUUACUCCCAUUAUAACACUCAGUGAUUCUGAUUCCGACCUUGACAAAGAUUUACCCUCCAAUCACGUUGGGGAUAGGAUCACAUUGAACCAUACCACCCAGCCAAGUGAUCAUCCUUGCAUGGGUAAAGAGUCGGAUUCAGAUUCGGAUCUGUCUGAGGAGCCGGGCAGCGAAGACCAGCUUGAAAGUAAUACUGUCAAUAAUUUCAAAACUGAGAUGCAGAAGGAUCUGGAAAGUUACCACUCAGGAGACCGGAAAGUUGAUUCUUUUGACAAGAAUGUUGAAGAACCUGUGAUCAGUGUCCUUUCCGACGAAGACAGUGACAACCAGUGUAAAGACAGUGAACCAGAUAAGUUUACAUUGGUGCAAAGCAAUUCUGGAGAUGAACAGCACAACAGUGGUGAAAUGUUGGAAAUCAGUGAACAGGAAAACCAUGGCAGUGAGGAGGAAAAUUUCACCAAGACAUGUGGUGAACCCAGUGAUGAAAGAGUAGUGAGAGACAGUCAAGAGUUUGACCUGACAAGCAAACACGAGCACAGUGAUGUCGAGAACCUUUCAGAAGACGAAGUGUUUAAGAGCAGGGACAUCAUCUUAGAUAAGGAAGAUGCUGUCAACUGCCAAAAGCAGGAUGAGGCCACACUUAUGGAAACAGCAGAAGCUGUGGAAUCGAUCAUGGAUGUGAGCAUGGUUCAGGAUGAGGAGACAGAAGCAGUGAUGCGCUCCUUUGAGCAAUUUGAGGCCGAGAAUCCACUUCCAGAUGAUGAACAUCCCGAGGAAGUGGAUAAAUAUCUUGGUCGUGCUCAGGACGAGGAGCAGACAUUAGCCGAGCACGAAGAGUCUCUUGUGGAGAAAGAACUGCGCCCCGUGGAAGAGAAACAACUUGCAGUUGAAGGACAAGCCGUACAGCAGUGCAACGAGGAGGAUCGUGCAGAAAACUCACAUUCAAGGAUAUCUGCUGAUAAUUCCUUACCGCACGAUUCUCCUGAACCAGCCUCUGUAUUUGCAAAUCUACGGUCACAAGAUUCCAUUGAGCCCCUUGCUGUGCAGGAUCACAGAGAUGAUGGUUCCUCUGAAGCUCAGAAACCUACAGUUUCAGAUUCUGUUGGGGAGCAAGAUAGCAUCAACAGUCAGGAAACUCUGAUGCCGCCAACAGAGCAAAAUGUCGCUGGAAGUCAGGAAACCCACACAAUGACACAAGAAUCCAGUGAAAUAUUGAGUAUGGCAGCUAGGAGUAACGAAACCAAUUUGAGCAGUGAGCCAUCUUAUGGUGGCAUGCCACUUGAGACAGACUGUUCAGCACGUGGACCAUCCACCAUGCAGGAUAAUCUUCAAAGUGAUGCUGUCAUGUCAAGACAGUUGUCCUGCGAGCCGAUGGAACCCCUUCAGCAUGAGCUACCCUCAUGCAGACUGGUUCAGAUGCCAUACCGCAAUUCGUGCAUGCAAAUUGCAGAGAUACCUUGUGAACUAGAACAGAAUGAGAUGAUUGGUGGCAGCGGUGGGAUGGGCAACCAGGUCAUGGCAGCACCUAACAUGGGUGCUUCACAGAUGGCCGGUCAGCCCGGUCUGAAUCAGCAGCCUGUGUGCAGUCCGGGCAUGAGCAGCAAUAGCUCCCAAGUCUGCAGCCCCGGCAUAGUCAGUCAACAGCAGCAGCAAGUCUGCAGUCCAAAUAUGAUAGCCAGCCCUCAGCAGCAGAUGCAGCCCAACAUGAGCCCGCAGAUGCCCAGCCCGCAUCAGGUCAACAGCAUGAAUAGCCCACAGAUGAACGUCAGUCCGCAGAUGUCAUCGGUUAGCCCACAUCCCGUGGGCAACAUGAACAGUCCACAGAUGAACAGCAUGCAAAGUCCGACAGUGUGUAGUCCUGCUGUCAACAGUGCUCAGGUUCUCAGCCCAGCCAUGGGUAACGUUCAGGCAUGCAGUACCAGCAUCACCAACACACAGGUGCGUAGUCCUGUGUUGAAUAACCCCUCCCGAAGCCCAGCAGUUAAUAAUGUGCAGGUGUGUAGCCCAGCUAUGAGCAAUGCUGUUUGCAGCCCGGCUAUGAGUAACUCAGUAUGCAGCCCAGUAAUGGCACCCAGUAAUAGUGUUUGCAGCCCUGGUAUGACCAACACCCAGGUGUGUAGCCCCAACAUGGCUAAUUCACAGAGUGUGCGCAGCAGCCCACAGCUGAACGGUGUUCCCAUCAACAAUCAAGCCUGCAGUCCUCAGAUGGGCAGUCCACAGGUGUGCUCACCGGGAAUGAAUGCACAGCAAGUGCCGUGCAUGCAGGGCAAUGUGGUCAAUUCACCCACACACCGCAACAGCAGCAAAUCCAACAUCAGGUACGGUGCUGGUCAAGCGCCACAGCGACGGAAGGCCACCAGUUGCAACAUAGCCAAGCUGCAGCAGAUGACCAAUGACAUAAUGACCAAUACAUCCAUAGCAGUACCAAGGUCCCCUAAACCAACGGCCAAUCUCACCCCACCCCAGAAUGCUACACCUCCGUUAAUACCCACAACCACUCCACCACCCCCUCUGCUUAAGAGGAAGCGGACACCUCCGACUGCAAACACGCCACCCACGCCAGCGAGAGUGGCUACCGAGAUGCAGCCUCCUCAAGUGGCAGUGUGGCCCCGGAUGCAGCAGCCGCAUCAGCAGCUUCAACAGCAACAGCAGCAGCAACAGCAGCAGCAGCAGCAGAUGCAGUUGCAGCAGAUGAGCAAUCAGAUGGGGGAGCCGAUGGGUGGACACAGAGGUGUGCCGGUGGACAGUCAGAUGCAGCAUCCGAUUCAGAUCCAGCGGUUUGCCUACCCCCAUCACCAGCAGCAGUAUGCGCAACAGUACCAUCACCACCACCAACAACAGCAGCAGCCGCACCACCAGCAGCAGCUGCACCAACUACAGCAUCAGCAGCAUCCACAGAUGUCUAACCAGAACAUGCCCAGUCACCCUGCUCGUCUCGCCACCCCUCCAGCCCACAACAGCCCGGCGACCCAGCACUGCAACAUGCAGCAGCACGUCGUCUGCAAGAACACUUACCCAGCCACCCACCAGAACCCUCCCCUACGGCAACAGCAACAACAGCAGCCCCCAACCCAACACCAUAACUACAAUUACAUUCAAGGCUACCCCUCGCAACCGGGAACACUAAACGGUUACGUGGGACAUUCACAGCCAGUCAUGCACAAUGCCUACCACAAUGCAGGGCCGGGGUUCAUGGAGCCACCUGUUCAUCACAUGGUCAACAUGGGACCACCCCAACACACACUCAGGGCAAACCACUAUGAAAAUGAGAUGUACCGAUAUGGCAUGGGCAGCCAUGGUCAAGCAAUGAUGAGACGAUAGCACCGAAAAGGUAAAAAGAAAAAACAAUGAGUUGAUGCAUUCAUUCAGUUCAACAAAAAGGCAAAUUAUUCAAUUCGGUCAGGGGGGAUGUGGAAACCAUAGAAAAAUUGCAACUUAAUGUAAGAUUCAUCAUAACAAACAAAAGGGCUUAUACCCCAAAAAGCAACAACCUAACAUACAGUUGAAUGGAUUUUGUACUAUGUUAUAUUUUGACAGUGUUUGGCAAUAUUAGUGUUGAUAAUUGUGUCUUUGUUAAAGGAAGACAAAAACUUUGAUUGAUGUAAGGUAAAGCCAGGGUUUCCCUCUGUGUAAUAUAGUCUGUUCUCCGUAUGUCUUUUCUGUCUGUCGACCAAAAAAAUUGAUACAGAAUAAAUGAUAAACUUGAUAGUUAUCGUACUUGAGUGGCGGAAGUUCAUCCCCUGAUAUUUUAGUGUCAGCAAAUGAGGAUUUAAAGUUGUUGGUUACAGGGUUGAUAAGACAAAAAAAAUGGUCGUGGGUUUCUUCAUAAAAAUCCAAGUGAUACAAAGGCAAUUAGGAAUGGGGAUCUGUAGUGUUUUGUUGUGGGUUCCUGAGGCGAAGCAAGUAGGCUUGUUUGUGUUUCCAAGAUGGCAUAGCACAUGUUCCUGUGACCCAUGUCAAAGGUCAGCUACUGGCUACCUUAUUUCACUUUUUAUGAAGAGGUCAUUUUCCACGCAGAACAAGUUUCCAGUGCCCUGGUGUUGUACCAACAACCAAAGUUGAUAUUCAUUUUUGAAGGACUUUCUUCUGCUGCACAGAGGCAAGUUCAAACUAAUCUCAUGAAAACUGCUCGUCCUGCUGAAAGAUAUGAAUUAACACAAACAAGGUUUGGCCCAACUUGAAUUUCUUAAAAGGAGUUAAAUGCAAACACUGCUAUUUACCUUUGAUAAAUAUCACUUUAUUUCUUGGCCAUCAUUGAAAUGUCUCUUUGUACGUGAGUGGGUGCGUCAAGAACAGCUGUGAUACAUCACUGCAGUUUUCUCAAAGAAUUCAUGUGUUUGGAAUUAAUCUUGUAUUAUAAUAGACGUUAAAAGAUAUAUAUAAUAUAUAUAAUAAUAACUAUAUAUUUAUUGUACAAAAAUUGUGUUAAUUUCAAUUUUUGAGGUAGGAAGAAAUUUUGUGUACUCUACUUUCUACAGCAACGUUGAUCAGGACUUUUUGUGUACGUCAGUUUAUGGUUAAAUAUUAAGGCGUGUACAUAAUGCUUUAUUUUGUGGCUAGAUACAUAGUCUGUAUAUUAAAGAGACAACUUCAGGUGUAUUUUCUCAGAGAGAUACGGUAGUCAAACUUUCCUUCCGGAGACAAAUGUAUUUAUUACUUUGCAGCUCUUUUAAAGAGAACCAAAAAAAAAUUCAACUAGUCUGAGGACUUAAGUGGUAUUCAAGAUGAUAUUUUGCAUUUAGAUUGGAUUGAUUGAUUCCUUUUUACAUGGUUGAUUAAGAUUAUAGUUGAAUUUUGAAGCUAUGUGUGCUUUGAUUUCUUUCCUAGGCCAAGAAACCAGUUGUCCAAUGGCACAAUAAUUGGGUGGCUCAUUGCAUGUACAUAUUUACAUAAUUAUUAUCUAUUAAAAUCUGUGCAUUGUAUAAAUAGUUGCAAGAGGUCACAUGAUGAAUACCACUUAACCUGUUGCAUCGGUUUCUUGGAAAAGUACAUUUGAAAUAUAGAUCACCGAGGCCUUAGUACAUGACAAGGAUUGUCAUAGCUACCAGUAGAAUCCUGAAGUCAGAAAUCUGGAAAAAAGUGUUGUUAAAGUGAUUAUUUUUGGGAAUCUGAUAUUUUGAAAUCCAAGUCUUGUUUUGAUUGUUUUAGAAGAGUCCACAAAAUUUCUCCAGUGAAUUGCAUGCUUGUGUACGUUUGAUCUAGUUUGUGGUUACACUUGUUUGAUUUCUGUUGAUUUGUGAGUUUUUUACCUUGUACUAUUGAGGAUCGUCUUGUUUAGGGCAGUCAGGUGUUUGGAUGUUGUUGUGACCGGUCCCCUCUUCUCCACAUCUAUGAAUAGCCAUCAUACAAACUUUGUGUAGUUGACUGGGAUUUGGAUUAUACUUGGUGAUGUUUCAGUAUCACUAGCUUAAUAUUGAUCAAAACACUUCCUUGAAAGAAACGGUAAGGGAAAUUUUAAAAAAAAAGCUUUCAACAAAAGGAAGGACAACAUCAAAGAAAAACAGUUUAUAGUUAUUGGUCUUAAAAUGCUUGGAGCAGCCAACAUCUUUGGGUUUAACUGGGUUAAAGGGAUGCCAAGAAUUCAGAAAGAAUGGAUAGAAAAGAACACAGAUUGAGCAUCUGAAAACAUGAAAUCCUGGACAAGUUUCAAGGUAAACAAAGCUGAAAUAAUACACUGUAGUGAUGUAUGAUGAAUUCCAGUCAAGCACACUGGCUCCAAUGUAAAUGGCUAUUGUAUAUGCUUUAGAACUUAGAACUAAGCCUUCAAGCACGAUAUUUUCUUUCGUACCACUUGCCACCCAAUUUAAAUUAAAAGCAUUUAAAAGAGUUGGUUUUUCCCUUUGCACAAUUGACCCAUUGCUUCAUUUUUAGUGAUUAGUAAGAUGUACAUGUAUUUGUUUUUGAACUUUUUGAUUUGUUGAUUAUAAUUAGUCAAAUCACGUUUUUAGUUAAACCUUACGUCCACUGGCUUGUGCAUUUUAAAAUCCAACCCCGCCAAGGCUUGUUAAUUUAGAUUUCAAUUAGUCAUUUGAUUUUCAAGUAUCACUUGCUUUGCUUUGUGAGUUACUCGAUAAGUCUUUUACACGCUCAAAUUUGUUUGUUACAUUAUGUCAUCAAGUUAUACACAUAGAUGACAUGAUGAUGUGAGAUGUCCCCCCCCCCAAGAGAAACCUCCUACCGCCAUGGUUUGAAUGAAAAUGUACUGAGAGAUUUAUCUCACUUUUUAUAAUGUGGUGAUUUUUUUAAGUUAUUGAAAGUAAGUUUUAGUGUUCUCCAAUUGGUUUUAGUAAUAUGGUUAUUAUAUGGGGUUGUUUGAGAGUUUCAGUUUGUAUAAUGUACUACACUUGAUGUUCAUAAUUCUUUGCACUCCCCUCCUCCCAUCAGACACACGUAGGUUCCCUUGUGUUUGUAAAUGCCUGUACUUACUGCGUGGCUUUAAUUGGGCACUUUUUGUUUCGUCUCACACUUAUUUCCUGUAUAUAUGAUGAAUUAAAUUAAACUUUGAGACUACAUGAA